CUGUUUACAUGGCCCCGCCAUCGUCUUCUCCUCCCCUUCCGGCAUGGGCGGCGGCGAACGCCCUCUUCCGACGCCACCGACGCCUUCUCCCGCUCCUCCUUCCUCCCGCCUCCCUCUGCGCCCUCCUUCCAGUCCUCUCCCACUGCCUCGUUUCCGGCCUCGCCGGCAACCCCUUCGUCGCCUCCCGCCUCAUCCUCGCCUCCUCGCGCCUCUCCCUCACAUUCUCCCUCCUCCUCCUUUCCCACCUCCCAGCCUCCUCCCUCUCGCCGUUCUCCUUCAACUCGCUCAUACGCGCGUCGCCUCCAAGCCUCGCCCUCCGCCUGUUCGAACAAAUGCGCCUUCGAGGCGUUCCCACGGACAACUACACCCUCCCCUUCUUGAUCCAUACCUGUUCCGGCAGUGACACUCCACUGGGACAGUCCCUGCACGGGAAAAGCGUCCGUCUCGGUUACAGCUCCCACGUCUUCACGCAGACGGCGCUGAUGAACAUGUACUUUGGGUGUGACCUGGCUGUUCCCGCUGGCAGGGUGUUCGAUGAAAUGCAGGCGAGGGAUCUGGUUGCAUGGACCGGCAUGGUCUCUGGUUAUGUGGCCUCUGGAAUGCACCUUCGAGCUGCUGAGGUCUUUAAGGAAAUGAGAGGUAGUGAGGAGGUUGCAAGGCCUAACGUGGCAACGCUGGUGUCGGUUGCUUCUGCCGGUGCUGGUCUUGGCUCCCUGGAGUAUGCUAAGGGGCUGCACGGCUAUGUGGAGAAGGUGGGGUUGCGAGGCGAUUUGAUUGUGACGAAUGCACUGAUGGAUAUGUAUGGAAAGUGUGGUAGCAUAGAGUCAGCUCGUGCUCUGUUUGAUUUCAUGCAUGAGAAGGACCUACUUUCAUGGACAACGAUGAUUUCAGUGUUGGCUUCUCAUGGACAUGGCAAUGAAGCGGUUGCUUUGUUCUUAAGCAUGCGAGAUGUGCGAGUACUGCCGGAUUCAACCACCUUCAUUGUGGUUCUGUCUGCUUGUAGCCAUACUGGACUGGUGGAUGAGGGGAUAUCAAUCUUCAAUUCCAUGGCGAGUGAGUACAAGGUCACCCCAGAUAUUAAGCACUAUGGUUGCAUGGUGGAUCUUUUCAGCAGGGGAGGGCUUCUUUCACGUGCUUAUGAGCUUAUUGACAGCAUGCCUUUUGAGCCAAACUUGGCAAUUCUUGGAGCAUUGCUGAGUGCAUGCAGUGUCAAUAAUGAACUGGAGAUUGGGGAACUAGUUCUCAAGAAGAUUGAUUCUGUUUGCUCCUAUAAAGGAGGUGCUGGUGUGCUUCUGUCGAACAUCUACGCUAACCAGAACCUGUGGCAUGAAGUUGAUUCCAUUAGAAGGAAGAUAAGAAGUGGUACCAUUCCGAGAAAGCCACCUGGUCAGAGUUCGGUGGCAUCAGAGGUUCCUUUCAUGAGUUUGUGAUUUGGAGCUUUUAAAGAGAAAUCCACUUUGUUGUCCCUGUUAACCUUGACUGGCAAAAUGGCCGAUUUCCAUGCGGACUGGAGAUGAGGUCUCUGGGCAGCAUAUUUUUCAAGAUUAGCUUUCCAUAGCGCGCACGGAAACACUAAACUUAAGACACGAACUUCUUCCCUGCUAAUGAAACAGCACGCAUUUUCACUGAAAAAGCAUGAGGCAUAAACAGUCAAAUGUUUUGUACCGGCUUACAAAUUGCCUGGCUGGGGAUUGAAAUGUGUGGCCAGGGCCAGGGCUGAUGCGUGUGCCAUGUAACUUUGAGCUUCUUCGUUAGCAACACAAGGAUGCCUAAAACUUGUCCUUCUGAUAAAAGAAUUCACGUUCCUGAACUGAAGUGGAGAAGUAUGCUAUCAGAGCCCCCGAGCAUGUUACUCCCUCCUUUCCGGUUUAAAUCCACGCGCAUCCCUAGAUCGGCAAUUCGACCAAUGUAAUACAAAUUGUAUAUCACAGAAGUUAUAUCACUAGAAAAUACUCCCUCCGUCCGAAAAUACUUGUCCUCGAAAUGGAUAAAAUGGAUGUAUGUAUAACUAAAAUAAGUCUAGAUACAUCCAUUUUUAGGACAAGUAUUUCCGGACGGAGGGAGUAUUAUACUUGAAGUUUCUAAUGGUAUUUCUUUUGUGAUAUAUAACCCGUGUUACAGUGCUCAGUUUGUUGAUCUAGCGUACGCAUGGUCCUUUUAAACUGGGAAGGAGGCAGCAGCAUGUAUACCUAGUGUUUGUGUGAACUCAACUGCCCACUUGAAUGCUACUGCAAUCCGGUGGCAACUUGCCAGCAUCUUGCUUGGAUACCAUAACAUUCUAGUAAUAUUUUCACGAAGUGAUGGAUGCUGAGUUACAGUAUCUUUUUCUUGUGUGGUGUUGUUAUAUCCAUUGCCGAAAUGUGGAUUAGAUUUUCCAAUUAUUCGUAUCAGCCAUAUCCAUGUGCGUGCAUGCUAAGCUGCGAGGCAAGUUGUUGUGGUAGGGACAAGGAAUAGAGAAACGACCGGAUAAAGGUGCCAUCAGCAGACUGCUCUCCGUCCUGUUGCUGUAUUCAAACAGUAGUACAAUGGUGGCUCUUGGGCUGGCUAGGAGGCAUGUUCCCUUUUGGAGAUUCUGCCUUUGUUUGGCAAAAUACUGAGAACGAAAUACUGUUUGGGCAGAAAUACUGUUUGGGCAGAAAUCACAUAUUUGACCUGAGGACGAAAUCAAAUCACAAACUGA